UCCCAAGCUACUCCUAACCCAUUACGCAUACACAACCUUCAGAGCGUUUUCUGUAAUCAUGUGGAUUAUCGAUUGGUUUUGGGACGUUCUGUCCUCGCUUGGUCUUAUGAACAAGCAUGCCAAGUUGCUCUUCCUCGGACUUGACAAUGCCGGAAAGACCACGCUUCUACACAUGCUCAAGAACGACAGGGUCGCAGUCCUCCAGCCAACCCUGCACCCGACUUCGGAAGAGCUCGCAAUCGGCAACGUCAAGUUCACAACUUUCGAUCUAGGCGGCCACGCCCAGGCCCGCCGACUAUGGCGCGACUACUUCCCCGAGGUCUCAGGCAUAGUCUUCCUUGUCGACGCAAAAGAUCACGAGCGCCUCUCGGAAUCAAAAGUCGAGCUCGAUGCCCUCCUCGCCAUGGAGGAGCUCAAGAACACACCUUUCGUCAUUCUCGGUAACAAGAUCGAUCACCCAGACGCCAUCUCCGAGGACCAACUGCGUUCGGCGCUUGGUCUGUACCAGACGACGGGCAAGGGCAAGGUGCCGCUAGAGGGCAUUAGGCCGGUUGAGGUGUUCAUGUGCAGUGUGGUUAUGAGGCAGGGCUACGGAGAGGGUAUUCGCUGGUUGAGCCAAUAUGUCUAAGAGACGGGAGAGGGUUGGAGGAGAUCAAAGGGAUGGAUGGGGCAAGCAUGAUGUACGAAUGUCUUUCGCACACUGGAAGUACUCGGCGUUGGCGUUGGCAUGUAUGAAAUGAUAUUACAUCAUGUUGUUACUUUCAACGCUGCAAUUACUGCGGAAGGAAUUGAAGCAUGUCGUGAUGAGCAGUGGUUUUGGCAUGAACUGGUCAACAAGUGAAUACGAAAAGCCGAGUUUGCUCAUGCAACACAGUCGGGACGGACCGGGGAUCUCGGCAAUGCAUAUCCAAGUGCGCCCUACAACUCACACAAGGGGGCAGUAAACAUAAAGUCGGCAAAGGAGACGAUGUG